AUGCCGAUUGCAAGCGCCAACUCCAAGAGGAAGAGCUGGAAUCCGCUUAAACGGUUUCGGUGGAAGAAAGAGCAACCCGACUCUGCGACUGAAGGAAGAGGAACCCCAAGUAUCAAGUCUGUCCCACCGUCGGUCAAGGAUUCGGGUCAUUCUACACCGCAGACUCCAGCGUUGAAUUUUAGUCGAUCCUUCACCGCCCUCGACGAUCAGCAGAAUGAGCAACGGAAGCCGGAUAGUGUCGGCUCGUCCACUCUUCAGCCCCCACUACACCACCAGGCGUAUUCAGCACCCGACUUGCAGAAAGCCGGGACUUUGACAAAGAGCGUCCUCAAGACUUCCCUCGAGUUCCUCAUACAAGCCUCUGACGGCCUCCCAAUUCCUCUCAAAGGACCACUCAGCCUCAUUAAAUGCUUGAUCGAUAAGGCGGAGAGCGUGGGGACUAACAGGGAGAGGCUGCAAACAUUGGAAGAUCAUUGCAGAAAUCUUCAGGCGAUUCUCGAGGAAACGCUGAAGGAUGACGACAAGCUGCCGGAUCAGUUGGUAGAGAUGUUGCAGGCUCUUUCGAGCGACCUCGAUUCGGCUCUCGUCCAAAUGGGCGCAAAGGAUAUUGCCGCCAUCACGGCGUUCGUCAGUGUGCAAGACAUCAACGAACUUAUCACCAAGAUCGACCAAGCUAUACAGAAGGCGACCGACAGGUUCUUGAUCAGCAUCGGUAUCUACGACGCGGUGAAGCUCUCUAAAGUCGACAUCAAUAACCGGCGUAUUCACUACGACAAACUGCAACGGCGCCUCGCAAAACACAUCGCAAGUGAUGCCACCUUCGACGGGUUCGACCCCGCCCAACCCACCGCAAAGUGUGCACCUGGAACGCGGGAGUACUCGCUUCGACGGUUUCUCGAACGCGCCAAGGCCUUGAAGGGAAAGGCAUGCGAGGUUAUCAUACUCACGGGGGCCGCGGGCGGGGGAAAAACCACUCUAAUGCGCACCGCAUCCCAGCAAGCGCAUAAAGACGGCCUUCUCGCUGCUAGUUUCUUCUUCUGGUCCACCUCGAGCACAGGGCGCGCCGACUACUCCAAGCUGGCGGCCACACUGGCGUAUGGUCUCAUUGUCAAUGUUCCGGCACUGCGUCCGUUCAUUCUGGAUGCGUUUGCUAAGGACGAAACCAUCGUCGUUGGGAAGGGGCUGGAAUCGCAGAUGCGUGCGCUUUUGUUUGAGCCAGUUCAGGAGGCUAUCCGGCGGAAUGUUGCCACGGAUGAUUGGGCGAGAUUGAUCACCAUCGAUGGGUUGGACGAAUGUAACGGCCAGGAGAAUCAGAAGGAUAUCGUCCGAAUCAUUGACAAUGUCUUUGUUGGUACCAAGACCGAGACCGAGACCAAGCCCCACGCCAGCAUUGCAUUCCCCUUCCUAGUUGCGAUCUCCAGCCGACCUGAGCCCCCCGCCCGACACGCAAUCGAACGUCUCUUCCAUGGCUGCCUCGAGCAUAUCGACCUGGACAAGUACAAGUUCCAAACUCUCGCAGAUAUAGAGCGGUACUUGACGGAUGAAUUCACCAAGAUCCGCGAGGAGCACCCGAUGAAGGACAACCUCCCACCCGACUGGCCUCUUCAACGGGAAUUGGAGAAACUCGUGGAGAACUCGAGCGGCCAGUUCAUCUACCCCUCGACAAUCAUCAAGUUUAUCGGUCAGGAACGCGCGGACCCACGGGACCGGCUGAAACUCGUUCUCAAGUGGGCGCCUACAGCAUCCAGUGCAUCCAGGAAUCCAUUCGAAAUACUCGACAAGCUCUACACCGAAAUCCUCACUAAGGCGCAGAAGGAGUACAGGGAGAACUCGGACGAUAGAGACCCCCAGGCCGUUGUCAAGCUCAUUCGAUACGUCUCACAUCCGAAUUUGGGCGUGGAUAAGCGCAGUGCGGACACACUGGCAAAGGUAUACGAGACGGCGUUGAUGAUGGAGCCGGGAUCGCUUGGGAUUAUGUUCUAUGAUAUUCAUUCCCUGAUUGACACUCACACCAUGGAGCUGCACCAUAAAACGCUCAUCGACUUCUUAUCGGAUGAGUCGAGAUGUCCGAAGGAUAUGUUUGUGCCGGAGCAGAAGAUUAGGGACUAUUUGGCUCAAUGCGCGCUGACGACACUGAAACGGGUGUUGCUGUCGAAGAGGAGCAACAAACUCGACGAGCUGGACGAGUCGUUGGUCGGGCCUACACUGUCACUCGCUUCGCAAGUCUGGACGGACCCGAGCUACGACCACGAUCUUGUUCAGGAGAUCGACGGGUUUGUUAAGGAAUUCGAAAAAUACUUCGCAAAGACGUGGGAGGAGAGGUUUAAUCUUGGGAUCCAUGUCUCCGGGUACUGGGAUCAGUUCUUCCUCGGUUUCCCGCCUUGGUUGAAGAAGGGAUCUGAGGAGGGAAAGGUUGACCCGAAACUGGUUGAACGAUUAGGUGCGCGCGUUUUCCUGGCUGAUUAG